AUGAACGCUGCCUUGGACGCCCUCCUAGCUGGGCGAUCGGUGGGGGAGGCUACCCAAGAAGUGGCUGAAGCUAUCUCUUCCAAAUCGUCUAGCCGACCUCCUCCUCCGGCUCUGGUUACUUCUCAGGCUCCCCGACCGAGCUCUCGAGGCGUCAGGUUUACCAGGACCUCCAGCCGCAGCAGGUCGAGCUCGGCUUCUCAUUCUGCUCAGGUCCCUAGGCCCCCACGGGCCUCUACCGGAGGGGCAAAAAAGGCUCCUAGGAUCGCUCCUAGGCCGGUCGAAGACCCAGAGCUGAGGAGGACGAAGCCUGCUUUGCCUUCUAGCGGUGUUUCCGAGGAGAGACUCGAGGCCUCCAUAACUGAGGAUAGGGUCUCUGAAGGGGGGAUGGAGAUUAUCCCCGCUGGCGAGAGUGCUCAGGGGGCUCCUGUCGAGGUCGCCCCUAUUACCGAGGAGAAGGAGCCCGGACCAGUUAGUGAAGUUAUCCCUCAGGGCGCUGUGGAAGGGGCUGAGUCCGGGUUGGUCGAGGUCGUUCCUCCUCGAGGGAAGUCGUCGACUGCUUUUAAGGGCUCUGCAGAAGGGGCUGGGAGUAAGUGUCCCCCUCCCUCCAAAGCUAUGGCCCCAGCUCCCGUUUCCAAGAAAGCCCGGGCCUCUAGGAGACCGGCUCCCCCUCUGCCUCCCCUUGAGAAGGAGAAGACUUCUGUGGUGCCCCUGCUAUCUGCCCCAGACAACGACAUCUUGAACGCAGAGGACAUCAGUCACCAGUCUCCGGCGAGCGUCGUGGUGGAGAUCUUGCGAGGAUGA